AGAAAACCACACAAACUGUGAAAUGAGUACAUAUUUCGUUUCAGUCAGCGUUACUCAUAUAUAUGCUGCUGUUCAGAUAGAAAAAGAGCUGACCAUGUCUGUUAAAAAAGGUUGGUCUAGUUAUUUCACCUAAUUUUACCACCCUUAUAACAAUGCAUGCAUUGUGGGCUGUUUGAAUUCUACAGGCCCCUAGAGACAAUUGGGUCGCUGAACUGCCACUAUUUAGGGGGCUUUACCUUUGUCAACAGUGCAAAAUGCCUCAGGGGGCCAGUAUGUUCCUGCUCACCUCUGCAACAAUGAACUCAAACGUUUCCCGUUCUGCUGCAGGGUUGGGUGCAGUGGCGGGGGAGGACUCGGUUCGCCAGUGAGUUGUCUGAUCUCGGAGAUGGGCUCACAUGGAGGAGAGGAUUGUGGGCGUACGGCUGAGGCCCUGUGCUUAGAGGUCAGGCCCCUGCAGAGGGCCACACUUGGAGUCAGACUUGCCCACAGGAAGGCGUUCAGUCUGGACUAUAUGGACACCCAUCGAAAGGCUCACUACAGAGAGCGAUACUCCCCACAAGGAUUCUCUCAUCUGCUCUUUCCAGACUGUGCUGUCCUCACUGGACAUGUGCUGAGAUCCACAGCCAGCCAGCAGGCUUCCACUUCCCCAUGCCAUAGGAUAAGCCCUCCUGCUCAGCCUCCCUAUAAUAGGGCUAUGAUGCUUUCGAGGAGGUCCGAUCUUGAUCCUGUUAGAUCGGAUAUUAUUAGAGGCUCUCGCGAAGAUCAGGGAACAGGCAGUUCCUACCACAGAGCUCCUCUGAUGUCUCUCAGCAGCUCUGAGGGGGAACAGGAGGUUGGAGAGCUGGCUGGCAGAGUGACUUCAUCCCUGCUCACACCUACUCCCACUGGGGAUCGCAGGCUGAGCAAGAGAGAGAGGAAACGACUGAAGAGCCUGAGGAGGAGACAGAGGAGGAGAGAGCGCUGCAGACAGAACCAGCAGCAGGAGAACGCGCAGAGCUCUACAGGGAACCCAUCUAGCAGCAGUGAGGAUGAGGAGCUGCCCAGCCGGGAUCGUGAAGGCUAUAUCUGUGCAGUGUGUCUGGAUGUCUACUUCAGUCCGUACAUGUGCCAUCCCUGCAGCCACGUCUUCUGUGAGCCUUGUCUGCGGACACUGGCCAAGAACUGCCCCACCAACACACCCUGUCCAUUGUGCAGAACCACCAUAACACAUGUUUUCUUCCAGAAAGAACUGAACCAUACAGCUCGUACGUUCUUCCCGAAGGAAUACCUGUCUCGGAAGCAGAAUUUCCAGAAAGCAAGCUGUGCAAAAUGGCCUCUUCCGAGCUGUCGUAAACUGUUUCGCAUUUUCGGAGGCUUUCAAAGGCAGGCAAGUCCAAUUGGCAGACGCCAGUUCCCUCAUGGGGGCUACAGGCUUGAUUCCUUCAACUUUGAGGAUGACUCGCAUGGCUGGCGAUUUGACAUGGACAUGGUGAUCAUCUAUAUAUACUCCGUCAACUGGGUCAUUGGCUUCAUUAUUUUCUGCUUCUUCUGCUAUUUUUUCUUCUUCUCUUUUUAAAGAGAAGGCGCAAGAAGCUGUCUGCAGUGUUUCUGAACUCUUAGGACAAUAGAGAGAUCGGCAAAAAAGGAAUCAAACUGCAGCUGCUUCUGGACUAUACGUGUAGGAAACGCCAACCGAUUACUGAGCGAAAUGAUAGAGCUAAAAUUCCAAAGCUUGAUGAUCUGUUUACCACAAAGAUGAUUCAUUAUUUUUGAGUUUGUGCUUUGCCUAACAUCUGUUUGCUGUUUGCCUCUCUUUGAAUUUUGGCCAACUUUGUGCAGCUUUGCAAGGAUAAUCACACGAGUGGACUCUUCAUUUCACCUCAAGUUGUAUUCACUUGCUUUAUAUUUAGUGUGAAUAUGUUUGUGAAGGGUCUUCUCUUACAGCUAAUUUACAAAGUGCAGUGCUCAGGUUUGUGAACUUAACUAUCCAUAACUGUCAGCUGCCUGUCAGCUUCUAACCUAUCCAUAGAAUAUGCUAAGAAUUAUAACAUCUGUUUAAUUUAACUCCCUUGUUUGUUUUCACAGAUACAGUAUGCUCAAAUGGCCAUAAUGGUUAGUUGUGUGAUCUCAAUAACUAAUGCUCAAUGUGUUGUCUUAGAUAAGUAAUCCGACCACUAUGUCAAAUAACAGACUUUUGCAAUCCGAGAACAACUUUUUUUUUUUUGCCUUGUUCCAUUAAGUUUGCAUUUGACCUAACUACACUCACCUAAAUGAUUAUUAGGAACACCUGUUCAAUUUCUCAUUAAUGCAAUUAUCCAAUCAACUUAUCGCAGGACAGUUACUUCAAUGCAUUUUGGGUUGUGGUCCUGGUCAAGACAAUCUUGGACAGAGGAGAAUAGGCCGACUGAUUCAAGCGGAUAGAAGAGUAACUUUGA